CUUGUCAUGACGUUACGCACACCUCGGCCCCUCCUCCUAUGGCAGCCCAGGGGCAUUCUGGGCUUGUCUUGAUCCCGGCAGAAGCUGACUGGAGGGAGCCGGGGUCCGCAGCUGCAUGCAGACAGCACGUUUGAAGUGAGGAGAUGACCACCACGCUGAGCCUCUGUGGAAGGGGAUGAAUUCAGGAGGGAUUUUUCCUUUGACUUCAAUUUAAGAAAAAUCUGUGACUGAUAACAAGGGAGAAAAAAAUCCAAAGUGAUUGUGAAUUUGAUGAAGCUGGAAAGAGAUUCAGACAACAUUCAAUUGUAAAUCCCUGUAAGAAAGUGACCUCAGGCAGUAACUGUCCUCAGGAUAGUGAAUAUAACAAAUGCUUUCCUGAAUUGGUAGAGCUUCCCCAGUCCCUUUGGAAAUCUCCUCAAAUGCACAAGUAUCAGGACAAUCUAAGAGAAAUGGCCUCCAGGCGAAGUUCAGACCUCAUUAGAAAUUUAAAAAGUUAUCCUGAAGAAAUGCAUUCUAUAGGUAAUAAAGGAGGGAAGACCUUCCCACAGAACUCUAAGCUUGCUGGACAUCAGAGAAUCCACACUGGUGAGAAACCUUAUGAAUGUAAUCUGUGUGGAAAGACUUUCACCAAGAGCUCUAUUCUUACUAAACAUAAAGAAAUCCACAAUAAAAAGGGACCUCAUGAAUUUAAACAAUGUGGAAAGGUUUUGAAAGAGAAAGACAAUCUUGCUGAAGAUCAGAGAAUCCAUACUGAAGAGAAACAUUUUGUCUAUAAACAUUGUGGAAAGGCUUUCACAGAUGUCUCUAAUCUUAUAGAACACAAGAAAAUGUACACUGGAGAGCUUGGUAUUCAAAGAGAAAGUUUCUCCACCUUGAGUAUCCUCCUCCCUGAAGAGCACCAAAGUCUAGCCCUAGGAGAGACCUUCGAACCAGAGGGAAUGAUGCCUGAGACCCAGAGACCCCCAUCUCAGGAGUCAGUAACGUUCCAGGAUGUGACAGUGGACUUCACCCAGGAAGAGUGGUGCAUGUUGGACCCUUCUCAGAAAAAGCUGUACAGGGAGGUCAUGCUGGAGAAUGUGCAGAAUCUGCUCUCUGUGGGGCUGCCAGUUCCCAGAGAAAAUUUGAUAUCCAGUUGUCAGCAAGGGGAAUCACCAUGGUUGUUAGAACAAAAAGGCACAAGCAGCUUCUGUGCAGAUGCAGAGAUCUGUUUUGAAGUGAAGGAGAUAACUACAAAGCCGAGCCUUGUUGUGAAAGGAUCUGGUAAGCAAGGAUUUAUAAAUGAGGAUCCCUAUGAUUUCAUUUUGAGAGAAAGCUAUGAAUAUAAUAUCAAAGUAAAUAAAAAUCCAAAUAGUGACAGUGACUUUUAUGGAAUUUCAAAGAAAUUCACACAGUAUUCAAUCCUAAAUCAAUAUAAGAAAAUGACCUCUGGAAAGAAUUAUCAUCAGAAUAAUGAAUACAAAUACUUCUCUGAAAAAGAAGAACUCCUUCAAUCCUAUGUGAAACCUCCAGAAAUACCCAUAUAUCAAGAUUAUCCAGAGGAAAUGGCCUUCACUUGGAGUUCCAGCCUCAUUAGACAUCCAAAAAGUAAUCCUGGAGAGAAGCUUACUGUGAGUAGUAAAGAUGGGAAGGCCUUCUAUCCGAAUUCUGAACAUGCUCAAGAUCAUAUGAUCCAUACUGGAGAGAAACAUUGUGAAUGUAAAGAAUGUGAAAAGGCUUUUAACCAAAGGGAUCAUCUUGCUCAACAUCAAAGAAUCCACAGUGGAGAGAAAUCCUAUGAUUGUAAAGAAUGUGGGAAGUCUUUUACAUUGAACUCACAACUUGCUAAACAUCAGAGAAUUCACUCUGGAACAAAACCAUAUGAAUGUAAACAGUGUGGUAAGGCCUUCUCAUGGAGAAAUGGUCUUGAUGUACAUCAGAGAAUCCACACUGGAGAGAAACCUUAUGUAUGUAAACAGUGUGGAAAGGCUUUCACAGCUAGCUACAGUCUUUCUAUACAUCAGAGAAUCCACACUGGAGAGAAACCUUAUGAAUGUAAACAGUGUGGAAAGACCUUCACACAGAGCUCUGCUCUUACUGAACAUCAUAGAAUCCACACUGGUGAGAAACCUUAUGAAUGUAUACAGUGUGGAAAGGCUUUCACAACUAGCUAUGGUCUUGGUGCACAUCAGAGAAUCCACACUGGAGAGAAACCUUAUGAAUGUGAGCAGUGUGGAAAGGCUUUUAGACAGAGGGGCAAUCUUGUUGAACAUCAAAGAAUCCACACUGGAGAGAAACCCUAUGAUUGUAAAGAAUGUGGGAAGACUUUCACAUUGAGCUCACAACUUGCUAAACAUCAGAGAAUUCACACUGGAACAAAACCAUAUGAAUGUAAACAGUGUGGUAAGGCAUUCACAUGGAAAAACAGUCUUGAUGUACAUCAAAGAAUCCACACUGGAGAGAAACCUUAUGUAUGUAAACAGUGUGGAAAGGCUUUCACAGCUAGCUACAGUCUUUGUAUUCAUCAGAGAAUCCACACUGGGGAGAAACCUUUUGGAUGUAAACAGUGUGGAAAGACCUUCACACAGAGCUCUGGUCUUACUGAACAUCAUAGAAUGCACACUGGAAAGAAACCUUACAAAUGUAAACAGUGUGGAAAGUCUUUCACAACUAGCUAUACUCUUGCUGCACAUCAGAGAAUCCACACUGGAGAAAAACCUUAUAACUGUAAAGAAUGUGGAAAGUCGUUCACAUUUAGCUCACAACUUGCAACACAUCAGAGGAUUGACACUGGAAUGAAACCAUAUGAAUGUAAACAAUGUAAAAAAUCAUUCACAUUUAGCUCCCAACUUGCUAUACAUCAAAGAAUCCACACUGGAGAGAAACCUUAUGAAUGUAAGCAGUGUGGAAAGGCUUUCACGCAGAGGGGCAAUCUUUCUGCACAUCAAAGAAUCCACACUGGAGAGAAACCCUAUGAUUGUAAAAAAUGUGGAAUGGCUUUCACGUUUAAUUCACAACUUGGUAAACAUCAGAGAAUUCACACUGGAACAAAACCAUGAGAAUGUAAACAAUGUAGAAAGGCUUUUACUCAGAGAGAUGGUCUUGAUGUAUAUCAGAGAAUCCACACUGGGGAGAAACCUUAUGAAUUUAAACAAUGUGAAAAAGGCUUUUACAGUGAGGGGCUAUCUUGCCAAACACCAGAGAAUGCACACUGGAGAAAAACUAUGACUAUAGUCAGUUUGGAAAGGCUUUCACACAUACCUCCACACCUGCAAAAUGGCAGAAAAAUCCAUACUGGGGAAAAACUUCAUGAUGGUCAUGUAUGAACCUGAGCUUUUAGUUGUUAAUCAUAGCUUAUUUAAGAAUAAUCAAUUUAGAUUUUAAAAAAGUCAAAUUCUCUAAGCUAGAUAAUUAGGUGUAUUGUGAGAGGGCCUAAACCUCCAAUAAAACUGGGCUCCUCAUUAAUAUUGGAAGACCCCAAGCAAUGUGAGAGACCUUUUAUAACCUCAAGAAACAGUCGUUUUCCUUAAAAGUACAAAGAAAAGUAUAAGAUUAGUCAUACCCUUCAAAGGAUGAGGACACCCAGCAACACUGUUCAUUGGCCAGUUCAACUAGGAAGCAACCCUUAUUUGUCCAUAGUUAGAUUAGCUAAGUGGAUCUUUUGACCACCAUGUAAGAGUCAUUUGAUGAUUAUUGGGGGACAAGGAUGUUCUCUGGGCCUUCUCCAGAUAAGGAUGGGUGGAAAUGGAUAGUACCAUGUCUAUACAUGAAACUAAGGUCAAAGCAAAUGAUGACUCAUACCUGAGCACAAGUUAGGUGCAUGAUACAUCAACUCAAAAGGGUGGGGCUAACUUUAAGGCCUAAGUUAAAACAGUUUAAAAGCUUUACUAAAAUAUAAGUGAAAAACCCUUCUAAAAUCACGACUUAUUACUAAUUAUCUAAUAGAUACUAUAUACUAUACUAUAUACUAAUAGAACUAUAAUUAGGAUUAUCAGAAAGUUAUUACUAACAUUAAAAUCUCACCAUGUCUAAGAGGGUAGAGGUAUUUUCUCACUCACAAACAGAAGAGAAUUCACAUGGGAGAGAAAUCUUAGGAGUAUAAGUAAUGUAGAAAUAACGACUUCAUUCCCAUUCCCAAGGAUUCCUAUUAAUUAGAAAUCUUAGUUAGCACUCAUGAAUGAGGAAAUACAUUCAAAAGGAGUUCAGAGCUUGCUAAAUAUAAGAAAAUGUCUUCUGGGUUGCCAUAUAUGGAUUCCCUAUGGGAUGACUUUCAUCCAGAGAUUAUGUCUUACAUGGUGCAGAGAAGUCUAAUGAAUGUGCUCAAGGGGAAUGUGUUUUUCUCUGAUUAUUAAUUAGAGAAAUACAAAUUAAAACAGCUCUGAGGUAGCACCUCACUCCUAUCGUGUUGGCUAUUAUGACAGAAAAGGGAAAUGAGAAAAUCUGUGGGAAAUGUGGGAAAAUUGAGACACUAAUGAACUGUUGAGGUAAUUGUGAUCUGAUUCAACCAUUUAAUUUAUUUGUUUAUUUUUUGGUUAUAAUAACCACUUGAUUUCCCUCCAUCCCCUCCACCCACCCUUCCCAUAGCCAACAUGCAGUUUCAUUGGGUAUUACUUAUGUCCUUGAUCAGAACCUAUUUCCAUGUUGUUGUUUGCACUAGGAUGUUCAAUGAUUCAACCAUUUUAGAGAGAGUAAUUUGGAAGUAUGUGUAAAGAGCUCUAAAAGUCUUCAUACCCUUUAACCCACAUUAUCAUUACUAUGCUUAUAUCCCAAAGAAAUAAAAAACAAAAAGGAAAAAGGAGCUGUCUGAACAAAAAAAAACCAAGAAGCAGCUCUUUUUGUGGUAGUAAAGAAAUGGAAAAUAAAGAGAAACCCAUCAAUUAGGAAAUGGCUGAAUAAAUUGUGUUAUGUGAUUGUACUGGAAUACUAUUGUGAUAUGAUUCAUGAGAAGCCAGAGGAGAUCAGAGAAACCAGGAAAGACUUCCAUGAACUGAUGCAGAGUGAAGUAAACAGAAUCAAGAAAACACUGAACACGCUGAUAGCAAUGUUGAACAGUAUAAUGAACAACUCUGAGUAUAACUUAAUUAUUCUUAGCAAUAUAAUGAUACAAAAAAAUCCUCAAAGACUCAAAAUAAAAUUUUUCAUUCACUUCCAGAGAAGGAACUGAUGGAGUCUGAAUCUGGACCGAAGAAAUUUUUUUUCACUUUCUUAAUUUAUUUUUUUUAUUUGAGUUGCCUUCCACAAAAGCAUUGCUAUGGGAAAAUAUUUGAUAUGAUUGCACUUGUAAAAUUUUUACCCUUGGGUGGGAAGGAUGAGAAAAAUCGAGAUUCAAAGAAAAUAUUUUUAGAUGUAGGGUAUUGUGUUUGCAUAUAUUUGGGGGGAAAGUAAAAGAUUACAUUUGGGGGUGGGAUGGAGGAAAGAAUAGUAUGAUCAGUAGAGGACAGUAUUCUUCCUGGAUUGAAUAAGUUUGAACACAUUAUACUGUGGUUAAAGUUUAAUGUAUCUAAUUCACAGGGGAAAGCCUCUUGCUGCAUACAGAUCUUUAAAAAAACAAGCAAAAAACAGUACAUGAGAAAGAUUUUGGAAGGGAUCUAAGGGACUGAACCCCUACUGUUCAGACCAUUAUGUCUAAGGACUCUGAUGCAGUCAGCUGAUCUCUGGGUCUGAGCAGAGAUCCAACCUCUGUGAUGAGGUAAUAAGGGAAAAGUUGAGGUCUCUAAAUCCAUCUCAUCUCUUGAAAUAUCAAUCAAGCAGGACUGUCAGGGGACAUCCUACAGUUGAGCUGUCAAGCUAAUAAGAGACAAGACACAACUUCCUUUAUAAGUAAGAGGCAAGAUGCUUUUUUCAUUUUUCUUUUUUUAUUUAAUUUUAUUUAUUUAGUCAAUUUAAAAUUUAGAAUCGUAUUCUUUCCCUCCCUCCCCUACAACCACCCUUCCCAUAGUUGACGCGCAAUUCCACAAUUUUUUCAGCCAUUCUCCAAUCAAGGGCAUGCCUUUAUUUUUCAGUUUUUUGCCACUUUAAAGAGAGUGGCUAUAUUUUUGCACAGACAUAUUUCCUUAUUAUCUCUUUGGGGAACAGACCCAGCAAUGGUAUGGCUGAGUCAAAGGGCAGGCAGUCUUUUAAAGCUCUUUGCACAUAAUUCUGAAUACCUUCCAGAAUGAUUGGAUCAGUUCACAACUCCACCAGCGAUGUCUUAAUGUCCCAGUUUUGCCACAUCCCCUCCAACAUUUAUUAUUUUCCUUUGCUGUCAUAUUGGCCAAUCUGCUGGGUAUGAGGAAAAGAGACCAUACCAAAGGUGGGCUGGGAGGUCAGAGGGGCCUGGAUUAAGAAGAGGAGCCUCCUCACAGGCAGGAUGGGAAGACAAGAGGGUGUUUUUCUUGCUAGAUGUAACUAGAUUUAGAAGGAAGAGCUGAAGGAGUCAAGCCAGAAUAGUCUGAAUCUAAAGAUGUAAUACCUCUUGGCUCAAGGACAAUGAUGGCAUCGUGUCGGGGGUUUUCGUCAACCAAACUACUUUCAGGGGUGGUGGGUUUGGUUGACUUGUGUGAAUAAGGGGAUGACCAAGAACAAAGAGGAAUCUGAAGUUUGAAGAGAUUCUUCAGCAGAAGAGCAAAUGGAAUCUUUAUAAGACCUGCGCGGGAAGGAAGAGAGUUCCAUCCAAGUUCAAAAGCAGUUGGAGCCAAAGAGAAAAAAAUCUUCUUAUCUGGGACUCUGGAUCUGGGUGGAGGAAGUACAAAUCUCAGAAUCCUCUUGCUUGAAUUGAAUGAAGAUCCCAGUUAUCUACUGAAGCUAAUUUUGGGAUACUCUUUCCCUUAGGGGAACUCAGAGCUUAGCCCUGAUCAAAUCCUCAAGAGUUCUAUUAGGAAAGAAGUAAUAGGAACUUUCCUCUUCUUUCAACAACCCUACACUCCAAUAAAUUAGAGCUAUGCCAGAGAUUGAUUCAGAGUUUGUGUAGUAGGAGGGGAAUUUUAAUCUAUCAAUUCAGAAGGAGGCUGUGGGAGAACAGACUUAGUCUAGACUGCCUGACUCCAUUGAUAACAACCGAGCUCAGUGAAAGAAAGAGGAAGUGCCACAUAGAAUUCAAUCCCCCAACAGCUGUUCAGUGAUUCCUUCCCUUUUCUAAGACCCCCUCUCUAUUACACUUGUGAAGAUGAUAUACCUAUAAUAGCCAAUGGGUAUAUCCUUUAGAAUUCUUAUAGCCAAUUGCCACUUUUAGUUAUUUCACAUGAACCAGAUCUUGGCCAGCUAAAGGAUUUACUACUCAUGCUUUACACAGUCUCUUUGCUUCCUUCUUUGACAUACCAUGUUCUUUUGGGAAAUUAGGAUCAUCCCAAGAAUUGAAUAGUUUGUUCAGGGGUGAACCUGGAGGAAUCUUUCCUUAUUUCAUCUGGUUUGUUGCAGUAUUUCCCAUAGUGUCUAGUCUUUUGACUCUAAAUUUAGAAAACAAAAAAAAGUCUAGUCUAGUCUUUCUAUCUAAAUCUAUUUAGGAAAAUCCCUGGGCCUUUUUGCCCUAUCUGAGUGAGGCUUCUGCUCUUGCUGCUACUGCUGAAGAGUUUAGUUGCUGUGGUACAAGUCUGUUACUGUAAGGGGCUGUUUUGGCUAUUUCUGAAUGGGCAAUUCAAACAGUGAAAGGAUCCCAAAACAUUGGGAAAAAAACUUGAGACACAACUUCCUUCCAUUUUAUUGUAUAAAACAACCAAGCUAGAGUAGGAGCAAAUAAGAACCCAAUUCAAGCAGUAGUAAUUGUUGCAAGGCAAUAGUGCCAAUAAUAAAUAUAUAUCAAUGAUUAUUGUUGUGUGAUGAUGUUUGAAAUAAUGAAGCACUGAAUUAGCAUACUUCAUUAAUAUUGUGUAGAAUUAGUUUGGCUUAAUUGGGUUAUCUUUGGUUUUAUUAUUUGUUUUUAUUCCAUUCCAUUCAAUAGUAUUUUUAAGUAUUAAUAAUUCUUUAAUUUAAUUCACUUGAUUUAAUCAGGUUAAUGUAUUCAGUUAUAUUUGAUUCUAUUAAAACCUUUAAUUGCCUGUAG